AUGAAGUCAGUAACUGAUAUUUUGAGAGAAGCUCAGGCUCUCGGUUUGAAUCCGGAAGCUAUUGAAAGAUUAUUAGAACGUGAGCAUGCUAAAGAAGAACGCGAGGAGCGAGCUUCUGAACGAGAGAUGAAAAAAUUAGAAUUAGAAUUAGAAGAGGCUGAUAAGCGCCGUUCUCACGAACUCGCUAUGGCCCAGUUAUCAUGUUCUAAUGCCGAAAGUAAGGGUACGUCUCUCCAAAUGUAUGAUAAUUUACGAUUGCCUACCUUUCACGAUGGCCAAGAUGAGAUAGAUAGCUACUUGCAGAGAUUUGAGCGGUUAGCUACUCUACACAAAUGGGAUAAACAAGAUUAUCACGUUUAUUUAGGAUCAGUUUUGAGAGGUCACGCGUUGAAAGUAUACGUAUCGUUACCUGACGAGACGGUGAAAGACUACGAGAAGUUGAAAGAGGCUUUACUCAGAGCUUACUCAGUGGAUGCAGAUAAGUACAGACGUUUGUUCAGGGAGAAACAUGAAUAUAAUAGUGCUACCGAAAUGGCAGAGGCUGCGGAACGGUACAGGAGUGCGCAUAAUUUUCGCGGUCGAUCGCAGAGGUUUUCUCAGCAGAGUAAGACUAAUGUAGCGAAGGAUAGUGAACCGAUCUGCCAUGGAUGUGGUGUUAAAAUCCCGCCUGAAUCCAAACCUGAUGAAUCUCCUGCUAAUCUUGAUCUUUUCGAAUCGUCUGGAGAUCCUUUUCCCCUUUCUAACCCUCCGAAUCAUUUGCCUAAGGUACGUAAUGUUCUUUCUACAUCGCCUGAGACUGUUAUGAGGGUGGAGACUCGUGCGAUGGCGGAACGAUCAGAUGAACGUAAGCCUCUGAAGUGUCCCGCGGUGACACAACUUGACAUCAGUAAACGUGACGUCAUCAAGGCGCAGAACACAUGCCCUACUUUAAAGUCAAUUAGGGAAAAGGUAAAGACAGGAAAAAUAGACAAUGUUAAGAAUAGAGCAGUUAAAUAUGAAAUAAUUAGCGGAUUAAUCUAUAGAAUCUGCUUAGAUAGUAAACUCGAUCAUGAAAAGGGUAGAAAACAACUAGUUGUUCCUGAAAUUUAUAGAAGUAAAAUAUUAAAUCUUGCUCAUGAUUCACUGACAGCUGGCCACUUUUCACAUAGGAAAACUAGCCAUAAGAUAUUCCUUAAAUUUUUCUGGCCUGGAGCAGGAGCAGACAUCAAGCGUUAUUGCAGAUCGUGUCACAUCUGCCAAAAGGUUUCGCACAAAGGCAGCGUUAAGAGGGUGCCGAUGAAAACGGUUCCAGUCAUUUCAGAGCCUUUCUCACGUGUCGCUAUUGACCUUGUCGGUCCGAUAUCCCCUUGCUCCGACCGCGGACACAGAUACAUUCUGACCAUGAUAGAUUAUGCUACGCGUUUCCCCGAAGCCGUCUGUCUGAAGAACAUAGACACCGUGACUAUCGCAGAGAGCUUAGUUGAGAUUUUCUCUCGUGUUGGCAUCCCAAAAGAAAUCUUGUCGGAUCGCGGAACUCAGUUUCGAUCAGACCUAAUGGCCGAGAUUCAUAGAUUGCUGUCAGUUAAAGCUCUGUACACAACCCCGUAUCAUGCGAGUUGCAAUGGCGCGGUUGAACGUCUGAAUGGAGUCUUGAAAGCAAUGAUUAAGAAGCUGUGCGCUGACCAUCCGCGAGAUUGGGAUAGGUAUCUUCCCGCCGUUCUUUUCGCUUACAGGGAAAUUCCGAAUGAUUCGCUGAAGUUUUCUCCAUUUGAACUCCUUUAUGGAAGACCAGUCAGAGGUCCACUUACUAUUUUGCACGAACUUUGGUCUAAUGACGAGAUCGAUAAUGAAGUAAAAUCUACUUAUCAGUACGUAACCGAAUUAAGAUCCAGAUUAGAGGAAACUGCAAAAUUGGCUGUUUCCCAAGCCGAGAUAAGCAGCAAGACUUACAAAACCUAUUAUGACCUUAAAUCUAGAAAUCGCAAGUUAAAGGUGAAUGAUGAAGUGCUUGUACUCUUGCCCACUGAUCACAAUAAAAUGAUUAUGCAAUGGAAAGGGCCUUAUCCAGUCAUAGGCGUGAAAGAUAAUGGAGUAGAUUAUACCAUCAAAGUGCGUGGAAAGAAUAAGCUUUUUCACAUAAAUAUGUUGAAGCGAUACUUCCGUCGCGAUGAAACUGUACCUGAGAAAAAUAAAAUGGUUAAUGUAUGCAUUGUGGAUGAAAAUGAUUGUGAUAAUGUAAAUGAAACUAUGUAUCUCGAAUUAACAAAUAGUGAAUCUUUAAAUGUAGGACGUGAUCUGAGUGUUCAACAGAAAGAUGAUGUAAAUGUUCUUAUUUCUGAAUUUCCUGAUGUUUUCACCGACAAGCCGGGUCACACUAAGUCUAUAGAACACGUAAUCAAGCUUGAGACCACUAACCCUGUUUGUAAGAAACCGUAUCCUAUACCCUAUAAUCUGAUUGAUGUUUUCAACAAGGAAGUUGACAAGAUGCUUGAUUUAGGCAUAAUAGAGCCAUCUGUUUCACCAUAUUGUUCCCCGGUCGUUCUCGUGAGAAAGCGCGAUCAAACUUACAGGUUCUGUAUCGACUUCAGGAGCUUAAAUGAUGUUACAAUUUUUGAUUGUGAACCCAUGCCCACAACUGAAGAAUCUUUGGGUAAUUUUGUUAAUGAUAAAUAUUUUACCGAGAUAGAUCUGAAAUUAGGCUACUGGCAAAUUCCUCUAUCUUUGGAAUCUAAGAAAUAUACUGCUUUUUCCACCAACAGAGGACUCAUGCAAUUUGUAAUGAUGCCAUUUGGACUCAAAACAGCUUGUGCAACAUUUGUUAGACUGAUGAGAAAAGUAAUUUUUGGUUUGAAGAAUACAGAUUGUUACUUUGACAACAUUGUAAUUCAUAAUUCUAAUUGGUUUGAUCAUUUGCAGGAUCUGAGGUGUUUGCUGAAUAAAUUACGGUUGCAUGGCUUAACGGCUGGUAUAAGUAAGUGCUUCUUUGGGUACAAUAAAAUAAAUUAUCUUGGAGUUGUUCUCGGAGAGAAUGUUAUUAAACCACCUGAAGACCGUAUUAAAGCAAUUGAGUUAAUGCCUUUGCCAGACACUAAAAAAGAGCUAAGAUCUUUCAUUGGAACAAUUUCAUACUAUAGAAAAUUCAUACCAAAGUUUGCUAACAUUUGUGCUCCCAUGAAUGAGCUACUGAAAAAGAAUUCAAGUAAUAAACUGAAUUGGAAUAAUGAACAAGUUUCUAGCUUUCUUGAGUUAAAAUCCAAGCUCUCAGAUAAACCAAUCUUGUGUCUUCCUGACUAUUCGAAGACAUUUUUCUUACGUUGUGAUGCUUCUGAGAAUGGCAUUGGGUCGGUCUUGCUUCAGGAACAUAAUGGAACAAAGAUGCCUAUAGCUUAUGCUAGCCGAAAGCUACUAGAUAGGGAAAAGAACUUUGCAACUAUUGAAAAGGAAUGUUUGUCAAUCGUUUGGGCUAUAAACAAGUUUAAAACUUACAUCUAUGGUAAGGAAUUUGUACUAGAAACUGACCAACAGCCCUUGGUAUAUCUCAGAAACAUGAGAAAUUCAAAUGGAAAAUUAAUGAGAUGGGCUCUAGCUUUGCAAGGUUAUUCAUAUAGAAUACAGUACAUAAAAGGUAAAGAAAAUGUAGGUGCGGACGUUCUGAGCCGCUGUGUUAAGUAA